CCCCGGCCCUGCCCCGCGCCCCCGCCCCGGGCAGGCCCCGCUCCCCGGAACCGGUCCUCCUCGGAGCUACGGGCGUGCGGCCUCGGUCCCGGGCCUGGGGUCGCGUCGGGCCGGCCCCUCGGCCCCCCGCCGCGCGCCCCGUUCGGGAGCCGAGAGAACGGCCCCCUGGCGCGUGCUCGGCGGCGUCCCCGAGGUGCUGCUGGCAGCGGCCGCUGUUGACAGGGACGCGAGCCUGGGCCGCCCCGCCGCCGGGGCUCUUCUCCGCCCCAGGGAAAUUCGUUUCCGGGGUCACGGUCUGCACACAGACCUGUGGCGCCUGGCAGCUGGGGCGAGCGUGCACGGCAGAAAGAGUUGAAAGUAGGGGAUUGCAACAUCGCCGGCUCGUUUGGCGGGGGUCGAGAAACCAAAACAGUCUGAGUUUUCUUGUGUCUCUGAAGAGCUCCCCUUGCAGUUGGUGGGAUCCCUCCCUGACGUUAGCGCUGCGCUCGAGGGAGAGUUUUCGUAUGCGGUUGCUUUGUAGCCAUCGAACGGAGGUCGGAACUGGUAGUUAACGGACUUUGAACAUGUCGGGGAUCGCCCUCAGCAGACUGGCCCAGGAGAGGAAAGCCUGGAGAAAGGACCACCCGUUUGGCUUUGUGGCUGUCCCAACAAAAAACCCCGAUGGCACGAUGAACCUCAUGAACUGGGAGUGCGCCAUUCCCGGGAAGAAAGGGACCCCGUGGGAAGGAGGCUUGUUUAAACUGCGCAUGCUUUUCAAGGACGACUACCCAUCCUCACCCCCAAAAUGGAUGGGCGUCACAAGGACCACGGUCCGGAACCCCACCUCUCGGAGGGUUUCCUUCCCCGACCCGUUGUCACCGUGCCCGUUUAUUAACACUCCACAUCCAACUUGUUGGCCGCGUGCCGCCUGGAUGGAUAAGUCUCCGGAGAAGGCCGUGGGAAGAAAAGGCCAAGGCUGUCUUUAACGUCGUGCUACGGUUAUGUCAUCGAAGUGCACUUUCGUGAGACUCGGGACGGGAGGAGCACCAGAUUCCUCCCCGCUUGCAGCUGGAAACCACCGAAGCCGGUCCGUGGUUGGUUAAUUAAAUGAGUUAAGGCGUGCCUCAGUGUGUGGAGAAGUGUCCCGCACAGCACGUGGCCACCGGGAACGGCUAUACGUAAACAUCUACGCUUGGGUUAGUAACUCGAAAAGGUAGAAGAACGUUUUCCGUCAUAACGGCAUCUAGCAGAAGAGUUUUCAACAUGGAUAAUUAGCAGGGUGACCACUGGGAUGGAGACUUUUCAUUUGGCUGGUUCUUUGCUGUUUGAAUUGUUUCUGCCGCGUGGAGGUAUUGCGUUGAAUAGUAGCUCUGAUUAAGAAACGAGACUGGUCACGGCUGCUUUCGUCACUUGUGUUCAGCUUGAUACCUGAAUUCCAAGCGGACUUGACAAGGCAAGAACAAAAAUCCCAGCCGAAGAGCGGGAAGGGAAGACGGGCUGCAGAUGGUCUCGCCUUUCUUUUUAGAUCUUUUUGGUAAGGUUGUGCAAUAAAGGAUUAACCUGCAAAAACCUAUUUUCAACGUAAUUGCAACAAACGGAAGUGUUUGACCCCGACCGUUUACAAUAGUAUCAAAUCCAAGUGUGGAAGUUUUUGUGGAAAUCGUCACACAGAUUCUAGAAGUCAGGAGCACGGAGAGUAGCCGCGGCCCUUAGAGUGCCGGGAGUGGUCGGGGAGGCCGGGGCUGAGGCGCGUCGGUCCACGGGCACCCACACCCGUCAGCAGGAUGGGCAAGAUGUAAACGGACAGACCUGCUACGGGGACUCGGUGAGUGGGACGCAGGCCUGCCUGGCAGAGGCCACACGUGCCACGUGUUUGUGACACGGGCGCAAGGCUAGUCCGGCGAAGGGACCGGGCCCACAGAGUAUCCCUGCGGAGGAGACAGGAAUAUCCCCCCCCCCCC